CUGGUGCUUUUCCUCCACCUUGACGCUCAGGUACGGAUUUGGUCGAAAACUUUCCUGAAACUGAGGUUUUUUUCUCGCGGAGUUCAUACAUGGGACGUUCACACGGGGAUUAAACACAGAAAUGUUUAAUGUGAGGUGGCGGAGACAACUUUAAAGUCGGAAGUCGGUGGACGCACCGUGUACGCUGUGAAUCUUGGAGGCAGUAAGUCAUGUCCACCGGCAGCACUGGCAGCCUGAGACACAGCUCAGCAGGACCCGGCGGCUCCAGGCAUGGACGCAGCCGGAGCAGCAGCCAGAGGUCGUCCUACGAGGAGCGCUGUGUGGACCCGGUGGAAGACAGGCUCCCGACCCCGGAGCCAAAGACGGUCCACAAAGCUCACCUGAAAGAAGCUAAUGGGAAAGAGUCCGAGACCAUCGGCUUCAUUCCCGGCUCAGCUGACCCUCCCUCCGCGACACAAACCUGCAAUCCCUGCGCUCCUCCGAGCAGCUGCAGGAGCUUUGUGUGCAGCGUGCUCACCUGCGGCCUGUACAGGGUCUGCCAGCGCUCCAUCCUCGCCCCGUUCCUCGCGCCCAACGAGAGCUCCCCGGACGAACCAGAGCGGGUGAGCCUCCGGUCUGUGAACGCAGGAGACAACACAGAAGAGGACGGCGUAGACUGGCUCGGGGACGUCCGCAUCGCAGGAGUCAAAGUCGACACUGCAAGAGAGUAUUUAAACGUUGAAUCUAAAUCUACAUCUUAUGUGCCUCCACCUGGGAGUCGAGCACAGGCCAGCCUCGCGUCCCUGCACGAGUCCAUGAGGUUUGACGACUGGGAGGACGGAGACGAGAACUUGGACUCUCUGAUUACGAAGAAGCUGCUGGAGCUCUACUCGGAGUAUCAGAUCGAAGAGUUGGCCAGGUGCACGUCAGACUCUGUGUUUCUGAAGAAGAGCAAGGCCAUCAACCAGCUCAUCAACUCGCUGGCGGAGGAGCACAAAAUGGGCGAGCAGGAGGCCGAGUGUCGGCUGGUGCGCGGCAUCAUCCGCAUCAGCACCCGGAAGAGCGCGAGGAGGAAGCCGAUCGCCUCCAGGGUGGAGAGGACGCUGUCGGACAGCGGGAACGAGACGAUGAGGGAGAGCGACUCCUUUUCAUUCAGCAACAACAAUGACUACAAAUCAAAUCCAAACAUCCAAAUAUCAGAACUGACCUCGUCUGACAAGUGUGCCAGAGAGAUGUGGAGGACCAACGGAGGUCGUGCCUCGAGUUCUCCAACAGCCUGCUCUCCCUCUCACUCAGACACUACUUCUUCAGGUGUGCCUCUAAUGUGCACCUCUGUGAGAACAUGAGUCCUGCUGCACACUGACGAUCUACGCUUGAAUUAUUAUUUGUCACGCUGUGUCCACAAGGUCGGGACGUUGAAAGGCGACUUGCACAGGAGUCUCUGGCUGAGCCGAGCUCUUUGUGCAGACCACGGCUUUGCUGUGGAAAAAGGGAAAUGUGAGAACGUCACAUUGUCUGAAGGACCUCCGUGAACUCAGGGCUCUGCGUGUAGAUCUGUGUGCUCGGUAAAUAUUAUGUGUGUAUUUGAAGGAUUGCUUGAUUGAGGGCAGAGACCUCCAGCAGCUCUUUAUUGCGUCACGAUGAACCGUCCCUUCGUCCUUGAAGGAAGUUCUGUUCAUGAAACCUGACUCAUCGCUCUCGUUCCGCUAAAGGAUUUCACAUUUCAUCAUCUUGUCAUCGUCGUAGAUUUGAUUUUUAAACUGUAAUUAAUGUUUUGUCAGUGGUUAUGUAUCACAAAUGUACAGUCAGUGAUUCCAGAUGAAUAAUCAGAAGUUAUAGGAUAUAGUAAAACUUUUCAGGAAGAAAAAAGCAGAUUUAUAUGAUCGCUUAAAUCCUGUAAUUGUAGUUUCUUUCACGCUGUAAAUAAGGAAUGGCUUAUGAAACAUUCACGCAUUUGUUUUCUUGCGGGGAGUUACACGCGACCGCAUAAAGUCUGGAAACAUGUGGAAACUUUCAUCUGGCUCACCUCUAAAGAGCACCAAUCCACACGUUAUAUUUAGUUUGUUUAUUACGUACAGAAAACUUUAAAAACCGACACGUUUAGGUUUUUCAGGGAGUUGUGAAGCAGACUUUUUCUCGGCCACAGUUUCACGUCUUCACACUUAUGUUGCGUUGGGGUCAUUACUUCCGUGUCUAAAUAAUCUGGUUUACUGCGGCAGUUUGAACCCAAAAUAAACAAAUUUAAUUACAAUAAACAGAUCACAAUGAUGCCGAUGUAACUUCAACAUGAUGCCGACUUGUAAAAAGUCUGAGUUGAUGCUUUGUCAGUUCUGUCCGCAAGACGAGAAGCCGACCGCUUAAAAUUCUUGUUUUCUGAAUGUAGUUUGGUUCAAUCAGGGCUAUGCUAACCUUGUAGCUGCUCCACCAACACUCAAAAUAACAUCAGGCAUGAAUACGGCUGCGAUGUUAUUGUUUAUACACAAAUAUGUAUUUACUGUUUAACUUUAAGAUAAUAUUUAAGAUGUUUAUUAUUGAUUACAUUGAAUCUGAAUGGUAAUAAAGCUUUCGAGACGCAGCGUCACAGAUUUCUCGCUUUAGCGUAAUGACGUCUUUGCACCACAAUCGACGCUAAUCAGAAAGACGAGGUCUACUUACUACAAACUGUAAACUGUUUUUCUAUUGUGCGGUUUAUGAUGUCCGAACGAUGUGGAGUGUGAUUGUUCUCCUUUAAUCAUAACAUUAUUCGUGUAAUAACGUGAAGCUGUUUGUUGACGUCCUUGUAACUCGAGUUGUGAACGGUUAUGAAAGCUGGUGUGAACUGCAGCUGGACUUCAGCUUGUAUCUUGUAACUAUAACUUAUUCGUGACAUUAUUCCAGGCUGACUCAUGAAGUGGAAGUCUUGUUUUCUUACCCCGUGUUUGCUCCUGGGUGCUGAUGGGAAUUUGGCCAGCUGACUCAGUGGAAUUUAUUCUGCUCUGUGCUUCUUAUCAGCAUUCGCUAAUGGAGCCUAUUGUAGCCUGAAGUGAACACUACACGAGCAGCUGACACACCAACACUGAACGUAGGAUCCCACUCUCACAGCAUCGAUCCUCUCGAGCCCCAUUUCAAUUCUAAGUAUAAAGAAACGACUAUUGUAACGUCCUUUGAAUGACUUUAAUAACUACACGUGUAUUCUUCGUGUGGCCGCGGGGUGGUUGUAAUGACAUGAUGUGAAACUGCUCUGGUUUUGAUCAGGAAGCAGAAAUGCAACUAUGACGAAGUGAUUAAUGUGUGUGUGUGUGUAAACAUAUAAUAUAAACUGUAACUUCUUAUUUCACUGGACAGCUUGAGUUGUCUGCUUUUAGAUUCGAUGUUCUCAGAAGAAAGCUCUCGCUGUUAAAACUCUUUUAACUGACGUCUCGUUGUAAAAACAAUAAAGUGAAAGAAG